AUGACUCAGCUGCUUGAACCUUCUAUCACAGUAGGAACACUUGUAUGGCUUCUCUCCAGUGUGGACCCUGAUAUGCUGGACCAGCUGGUGGUUGGAGCUGAAGGACUUGAGACACUGCUGGCACUGGAUGUCGGUUUCUCCUCGCGUUUUCUUUCAUGGUUACUCAUCAGAGAGAUGGAGAAUGUUCGCCUGUCUCCUAUCACGUUGUCCACACUUUUUCGUUGGAUUUUCAGGGUUCCGGAAGAAUGUGAAAGCGACCCCAAGGGCCUCUUUGAUGCGUCGUUUUAG